AUGAAGAUACAUCUGUUCAGCUUUGUUCUAUCCAUUUUAUAUGGCUUUCAUGACAGCCAAAUAUAUGCACAAUCUACCACUACACAGCUUACCAACAAUCAGAUUAUAUCAUCCUCUGUAGCCAUCCAUGGAUACAAUUAUUACUACUUUAGUGUUUCAGCAACUGGUCGAUUAUUCAGUAAACGAGACUUACCAACAAUCCAUCUCUCAACAACCAUCUGUAAUCAACCUACAGCGCCUGCUGACUUCCACGAUACAGUACCACCAUUGAAUGUGUAUGUUUCUAUCUCCAACUCGAAUACAUUACCUGGUCCAGAUAAUAGUGCUGCUGUGGAGGAUUCGUCCAACGGUCUCAUUCAAUGGCAAAGUGAUAAUCAGACAUCCGAGAUCUGGAUUGCUGUAGCUGCACCUGCUUUGGCAGGUGCUUGGGCUGGAAACUUUACAUAUGAAAUAGGUGUUUCAACCACUCAAACACUGCAUCCGCUAUUCAUCAACAACGAAAAGAACGAUACAUCAAAUAUACCGUACGUGAUUCUCGAAGACACAGAUAGAAACAAUGCUCUUUUUUUAUCGAGUCCCAUACAAAGCAAUACACAAAAUGCCACACUGUUGAUUACGCCUGUUAUGCCUGUUGAAUUAUCCAACUCGCUGUGUGCUGCUAAACAGCGCACGCUCUCUCAUUACAGUGUCAAUACAACCACCACCCGUCGUGGCCCUACAAGCAGAAUCAGACAGCAAUUCAUGGUAUCUAACCUCACACAAGAUACACUCUACACAGCCUACAUGCUUCAGCCUGUGGGCUCAGUAACAGGCAUGACAACACCCAUCCAUUUGGGAACCAAGAUUGAUGCCAAUUGUCGCAUCAUCUACGACCUCCCCUUUUGCGACCAAGUAGCCUACAGUGUACCUACAGAUAUAGCUGCUUUCGCAGCCAACGAUCCAUGGACGCUUGCCAGCCAAUAUGAUGCGCAAGCCAAAGAAAAGUUUGCGCCUUUUGACACAGCCCUUUCCCAAUACAACUGUGAUACCACGCAAUAUUCGCUUGUUCGCAACUGCACAGAUUGCUACCGAGAUUAUAAAACUUGGCUAUGUGCCGUUACGAUACCUCGUUGCACGGAUUCUUCUGCAAGCGCUGAUCUCAGUCAAGGCACAGACAAUGUACCUGCUGCACCUGCUUUGCGAGAUAUCUCUACCAAUGCUUCUCGAAAUCCAUGGAUUGACGAGACACUGAAACCAGGAGAAUGGACCGAAUUAUUACCUUGCAUUGAUCUCUGCUAUCAUGUGGUGCAGAGCUGUCCUCCUUUCAUGCAGUUUUACUGUCCUGAUGCUGAUUUGGCUUUGGUGCAGUAUGGGUAUUGGCAGAAUGGCACAGCGUCUGUCAAUGGCACAACGUUUCAUUUUGAUAUCAAUAAUCCUACUUGCAACCGGCUGGGUCUAGCAUACUCUUUCUUAUCCUAUAGAGACUGA